UAUUUUCCUAAUUCACGACCACCGUCUCUUUCAGCAAUAUGUUAAAGGUAUAUCUGCAACUGGGAUGCAAUCUAACUAUGGUUUUGAUGGUCAACUCAAUGCAUGUUGGACACAUAAAAUGACUGAUGAUGAGAUUGAGGUGAUCAAAUCUGCCAGUUUUCUUGUUUCAAUCAUCCAUGGCAGGCAUGACAUAAUUGCUCAGAUAUAUUAUGCAAAAAGACUUGCUCAGAGGCUUUAUCCAGUGGCUAGAAUGGUAGAUCUUCAUGGAGGUCAUCUAGUAAGUCAUGAGCGGCCUGAAGAGGUUAAUCAAGCACUAUUUGACUUGAUCAAAGCAUCAGAAGUGAAUAUGAACCCACAUGAUUGGACUAAUUUGCCAAAGAAACAGUCUUGGUGGAAAGAGAAAAGGGUGUUGAUUAUAACAAACAAUCAGGCUGGAAGGAAUGACUCCCUUAAAUGCCACGUGUUAGAAAAACUGCAUAUCUUCCUAUUGUACUUCUUUGGUCUCCUUAUGUUAGCAUUUGAAUAUGGAAGAAAGCUUCUAAGACGAUUAAAACCAGUUCGAGUUGGAGGUUCCACCUUAUAUACUGAAAGUCAAUGACUCUUGUUAUUGGGUGUGAUUUGUAUAAUUUGAUAUAUCCUGAAGCCAGAGAGAUCACAGCAAACUGAGUCUCAUGCUUUCAGCAAACUGAAUUUCAAAGAGCCAGAAAGCACAAACGAGAAUCAUGGAAUUCUGCAAUUUGAGGCAUGGCACUAAAAUAUCCCUUUAUUAGCAAGAUGAAUUCCAUGUGCUUCCCAGAGCCAAUAAAGGGGAUGGACAUCCACUUUCCUUUUUGUACACUCUAGUGUAAUAUAAUUGAUCGAAUCUAACCCCGCAAAUUCUGCUCCGUAUCAGUUUUUGCUUAAUAUAUUAAAAUAAAACCUAUAGAAACCAAAUCACACGAAAAAGUAGUAAGAUGAUAUGCAUUCUUUUACCACAUGAUUUAAACGAAUCACGGGAUUGUCUAACUCUUGGGCCUCUUAGCAAACCUCAAUUGAUUUUCAUAGUUGUUCACAACAUCCAUGUCCUUUAUUUUUGCUUUUUAUAGAAUGUUUGGUUGAAUUCAGGAUAGAGAAAAUCUGUAGGAUAAUUUUAAUUGGUACGUUUGGUGGUACAGUGAUUAACAGGGAAGGAGAAUUAAAAACUAGGUGGAUUUUAUUAAUAUUUUUUUCUUAUUCA